AUGGCGCCACCUGGAUCUGACAGAACGCGCCACUUACAGCAGUACCGAACGGCGACGCAAACCCGUCGCGGCGCCCGCAGUGGCUACCCGGCGGAACAUGACGACUUUGAAGGUCUUCCCGUGCGACAAUGGCGCCAGGAAUGGGUAAACGUCGCGCCGCCGGCGCCGCAAGAGACAUCGCAGCAGAACGACCGCUGGGCCAUUGAGCUUCCUUACGGCAUGCCCAAGGAGUACCCUCUUCUCCCGCCUCAUAGCCAGGAACUCCUCCGCGCCGCACGGUCCGGCCGUCUCUACAAGCGCCCUGCGCCCCUCGAUGACGAAGAUGGCGAUGUUGACGCCGAAAUCAGCAAGGGAGACAAGAAAGAGUCGGACGCGGCCGUUGAUGGGUUUAUGGUCAAGAUGUGGAAGCAGAUGCCGCGCAACGUCGAGAGCCCCACCGUAUCACAUCUAGCGAAGCGACACAAGAACACGGUGACGCUGGCCUCAACGGCCAUCGCGGCGCAGAUCUCUGGGCCGACAGUCACGAGGGCAACAGUGCGCCGCAUCGACGCCGCCGGCAAUCCCUACGAGCAGACCGUCACCCUUGCCGCAGGCCAGCAGGUUGAUGGCGAGAUCAUCCACACGACCGUCGUCCCUGCUCCAGUCGCCGCGAAGCCAGAGCUGACGGCCCAACAACCUGCGCCGCAAAGAAGACGGCCACCCCCGCCAAAGCGGAAGGCCAAGGGCCCUGGCCGCGGGCGCAAGAAGGGUGCGCCAAAGCUGCCGUUGCCGGUUCCGGUGCCUUCCCAGGUCAUACCACAAGUCGGCGCUGUUACCACUAACGAGACAACCGGAAUCAAGACCGAGCCUGUUGGCGCUGAGGCGGUCAAGAUAGAAGACAACGAAGAUAGCGCGAACCAGGACAGCGAGAUGGCGGAUAACUCAGCCAUGCCCUCGGACGACGAAGAAGGGGAUGACGGAGAAGACGAAGGCGACGACAACGGCGACGAAGAUGAUGGAACGCCUGAGAUUGAGAACAGUGUGAACCCGGAUCCCGACCAGGACCAGGACGUCGAGAUGGAGGACUCGGAGGCGUCCGAGGUCAUCCGGCCCAGCUCUAUCGAGGAGCCCGACGAACGGUCUUCGGUACCCGCAGCCUCGGCCUCGACCGAGGACGAGGAAGUUACAAUUCCAAAGGUCCGCUUCGCACCGCCAUCAGGCCUUGUUAACCUGGCGGCACCGCUCGUCCCGAUACACCUAUCAUCGCCCAGGCUCGAGGGCAGCCCGCUCAAGAACGUCAUUAUCCAGUCGCCGACUGAACCGUCGCCCGUCAUCUCGCCCCAUGCGCCGGGCUUCUUCGAAAUGAAUACUAGCAUGCCCAUGGAAAUCAGCAACCCGCCAGCUCCCGUGGAUGUGACUGAUGUCUCUGAAGCAGCGGUGGAUAGCUCACUCGAUGACAUCAUUCAAAUGGACGAAGUUUCUGGCCAAGAACCUGUCACGCAGGUGAAUUGUACACAGCCAGAAGACGUGGCCAUGGAUCUGACAGAUAAUGUGCCAAGUGAUUCUGGUGCUGUGGCGGCCGGUGAUUUCUCGGACCCUAUGCUCUUCAAGGCGGAAGACCUACUGCGAGAACCUGUCACCACCAUUGCUCCCGAGUCAGUCGCCGAGCCAGUCGCCGAGUCAGUCGCCGAGCCAGUCGCCGAGUCAGUCGCCGAGCCAGUCGCCGAGCCAGUCGCCGAGCCAGUCGCCGAGCCAGCUACAAGCACAGUGGCUGGCGCACCGCAUGAAGUUCCGAGUUUCGAAGCUGCUGUUCCUCCCGCUCCAGUUCUCGAUACUCCCGAGAUUGCGGAUGCGCCGCCGCCUGCCCCUGUCCCAUCCCCUGUCUCAGCCCCUGUCCCAGCCCUUGAGAUUCCCGAGGCGACGAUAGACAUUGAAGGGCUAUUAGAGCCAUUAUCUACGCCGAUAGAUGCGCCAGCGCUGCCAGAUCCGACGCCUGUCCCUCUAGUAGUGGAAGAGCUCGCCAUCGUCGAAGAGGUCCUGCAGCCUCCUGCCUCCCCCGCUCUGCUCCCCGCCGCUGUAGCAGAGGAAGAGGACGACGGGCUGAAUCUGCUCGGCAGCCUCGAGCGCGAGCUGGAUCGCCAGGAAGGCAUGAGCAAUGCCAGCAGCCGGGAAGAGGCCGCAAACCGGCAGCAGGCGGCGGUUACUGAUGCUGCUGCCGACACUGCUGCUGGUGCCGCUGGCGGUGGCGCUGGCGUUAAUGCAGGUGCUGCUGCUGUGGUUAAUGAAGGUGCUGUUGUCGGUGCUGAUGCUGCCACUGGUUCUGGCGAGCCGGCCACGGCGGGUCCUCCUCCAGAAUGA